AUGGUGAAAGGAAAAGAGUUAAAAGUUUCACUUCAAGCUGUUAUUUGUGAUGCUCCUGCAAAAGCAUUUGUUUUUAAUAUAAAAGGCCACACGGGAAAAAAUUCAUGCCCACGUUUUCAUUCUGUAGGUAAAUGGGCUCAUUAUAGGGUAUAUUUUCCAAAUCUUGAUUCAAAUUUAAGAACUCACGAAGAAUUUAUAUCUUAUACCGACAAUGAGUACCAUGUAAGACCUGUAAUAAUGUCUGAAAUUCGAAAUUUCAAUCUUGUUUUAAAUAUACCAAUUGAUUACAUGCAUUGCGUAUGUAUUGGAGUGAUGAAAAAAUUAUUAUUGUUUUGGAUAGGUUCACCAAAACAUAAUGAAACAUUAUCACCAAAUGUAAUAAAUGUUAUUGAUGAAAAAUUAAUACAUUUAUCUAAAUACAUCCCAAAUAAAUCUGUGGUGUUUGGGUAA